AUGGCGGAAAAAGUUAACGAGUUGUGUGAAUUUUUCACCAAGUCCGGAAUAGUGAGCGAAUGUGAAAAACGUGGCUUGGCAACGGAUGGUUGCAAGAAGGAGAUGGCGCAAAGAAUCGCUUACCACGACAUCGAAACAGCAAACGAUGGUCGAUUGUGUAUCUCCGAUGGGGUACCGAACAACGAGCUGCAGGGUGGUCAUAACGACGAAGCGAAAGCGCCGAAUGACGGCAACAGUGUACACGAUGAUGAAGCUGACGACGCCGAAAGCCACGAUAACGACGACCGCAGUGACUACGGCGAGGAACUAAAAGAAGAAGAAUUUAGUUUCCACACUGCGAACGGACGCCAUCUCACAUCUACUACGAGAAGACGGGUUACGAUUGAGCGACGUCAACCGUACUCGUUUCGUGAUGUUGAGGACAGGCUUUCUCAACUUGAGGAUAGCAUCGAGACGUAUGGGGCUGAAGACGGGCAAGAUGUGAAAGUGUGGAUGGCGCAGUUUGAGGCGAUUUCCCGAACCGCACACUGGUAUGACGAACAAAAACUAAUCAUGUGUCGCAAGAAGUUAACGGGAACCGCACGAAGAUUUAUGUUUGCGCUACGUGACAUCACUACGUUUGCCAAACUAAAAGCUGCAUUGAUCAAAGAGUUUUCCCCUUUCGUACGCGCGAGUGAUAUCCAUCGUCAGUUAGCCGCGCGGAAGAAAAAAUCGGACGAAACCAUACGCGAUUAUAUCUACGAAAUGCAGCGCAUAGCCCAGUCUAUCGAACUCGAUGAGCCCAGUGUCUGCGAGUACAUUGUGGAUGAAAUUACCGACGACGAAUUCCACCAUGCGAUGUUGUACGAGGCGCAGAACAUCCGUCAGCUGAAGGAGAAGUUGCUAAACUUCGAAAAAGUGCAAAAGAAGAUCGUCGCGAAGAAGCCUCACGAUGUGUACCCACGGAAGAAGGAAUUACGUGAGUUGAAAAAGUUGCCGACGGUGAAGAAAAAUUGCUAUAAUUGUGGUGAUACGUCACACAUAGCAGAAGAUUGUCCGCAGAAGAAUGAUGGGCCAAAGUGUUUUCGUUGCAAUCAAUACGGCCAUAUGUCGAGAAAUUGUGCUAAGUCGGACGAAAAAUCGAAAUACGACGGCGUAAAGAAGUGUAUCUCGAAAGUGAACACAAUGAAGAGUGUUAAAAGUGCAUACCCAAAUGUUUUGAUCAACAUUUGCGGCAACGAAGUGAGUGCAACAGUCGACACAGGAAGCGAGAUUUCUCUGAUCCGAAAAGAUUUCUGGGAAAAGUUGCCGGAUCACGACCAGAAGCUCAAGAAAUCCGAAAUUAAAGUGCGUGGCUACGGAGGAAACGCAAAAGCUGUUUGCGGUAAAGCUUUGCUUGAUGUGUCGAUUGGGAAUCAAAGCUACGAAAUGCUGGUGUAUGUUGUCCCAAAAGAAGCGAUUGAUAUGAAAGUGUUGGUCGGGAUGGACUUCUUGUGUGGGGUCAACUAUUCCAUCACCCGAGAUGGUGUGCGAAUCAGCAAGCUGCCGAAAGAAUCGUACGACGACGAUCAUGACAUCAGCCUAAAGUGGAUCCAUGUGAUCGAAGAGUACGGAGAUAUUGGCGAGAUUGACGUACCGUACAAAUACCGCGACGAAGUGAAAAAUCUUAUUAGAAAUUAUCAACCGGUAUCGUCGGUCACGGCCGCCAACAAGCUGAAGAUUACGUUGUGCGAUAGUGAUGUAGUGUGUGUGAAUCCACGUCGGCUUGCUCCUUUCGAAAAGGAAAUUGUGAAGAAGCAAACAGAUGAUUGGUUGGCGAACGGUAUAAUACAACCGUCACAUAGUGAAUACUCGAGCGCUGUUGUAGUAGUGCCGAAAAAAGACGGAUCGCGAAGAGUGUGUAUUGACUACCGUGAAAUCAACAAGAAAGUGAUUCGAGACAAUUUCCCGAUGCCGAAUGUGGAGGAACAAAUCGAUCAGCUGGCAAGUGCGCGAGUGUAG